AUGGCCCUCAGCUCCAACUGCCACGUCGGGCGCCCACUCUGGCCAAAGGUCGACGCUGUGGUCUUUACAGAUGCGAGCUGGGGGGCAGCAUGGAAUGGUCAAGUCCCUGCUGCCGGGUUCUUCGACGAGCAGCAGGAGGGGGCUCACAUCAACGAGCUGCUCGCUGCUCGCUGCCAUCUACGCGCUGCGCAGCUUUGUACAUCAUGCGCGGCAGAGGUCCAGCUGGUCACCGACUCAAAAGUGACCGAGUUUGUUGUCCGAAAUAUGACCUCCUGCUCGCCGCGUCUUCUCGCUCGACUGCGCGAGCUCCGCGACCUCUGCAAGGCGGAGGGCGUCUUCCUCUCUACCGGACACAUCCCCUCGGUGCUCAACACAUGGGCUGACAGACUCUCAAGACAGCCAUGGAUGGACUAGCCCGCCUAACGCAGUGCGGCUUCUAGAGCACCGCUACUGUCGCCGCCUGUACGUGGGUGACGGCCACGACCUCCCGUCGCACAUCCCAGUGUGUCGAGAACCACUCGUCCUUCCUCGUCCGGCGCUCCUCCCGGUAUGGGCCCGCUACUUGCAGCGCCUAGGGCGCGGUGUGCUCGUAGGGCCACACUGGCAAGCCCAAAGCUGGUACCAGAACUCUUUGCAGCAAGGGGCUCUCAUCUCCCACCUCGGCCACGGAUUAACGAGUCCUCUGUCGAGCAUCGCUAUCGAUUACGCGAAGAAGCGCAGUUGCGCUGGGAAGGUGAGGGUUCUAUAGCUGCAAGGCGUGUACUACCGCAUGCCCUUGGUUCGGACACCGCGGCGGCUCUCAUCAGUUCCGCGUACGCUUCUACUACGCAGGGAAACUAUCAGCGUCUUUGGGAGACCUUUCAGGCAUCCCUAGUAAACAUAUUCACCGCGAUAGGAGGUGGUGCGGAGUACUAACGGAGUACGUUGGCCAGUUUUGGAGUGCUUCCGGAGGAGGAACGGAGGAAUGCGCAAUUCUCUGGAAACUUAGACAGGACGUACACAGUUCAACGGAGCAUCUGCGGAGGACCUGAGGCUUCCAGAUUUUGGCAUUUUCUUUGUAGCAAGUUACUGUGGUUCCAUCCAUAAUACACGAGGACGGAGUCAGGAUAGUGGCUCAUCGCGUCAAAGAUGUUGUCGGCUACGGCGGCAUUGUUCGGUAGCG